GCUCGAGGGCGGCGACGGUUGCGGGUGCGCCAGGCGCGUCCGCAGCCGCGGGCUCACCCCGCAGCGGCGUCAUGUCCGCGCAGAGCAGGCGGCUGCCGCGACCAGUCAGCAGGAGCUCGACGCCGGCGGUCGUGCUGACCAAGCAGGACUUGGCGUUGCUGUCGGCCGGCGACCUGCCCAGGUGCCUGCCCUUCUCGGCGCCCGUCAGCCUGCCGCUCAGCGCGCCGGCGAGCCGCUCUGCUGGCCAGCCUCGCCCGAGGACGCUGCAGCGCCGCGCGAGGUCCGCGUCCAGCCGCAGGAUCGAGCUGCACCCCAUGGCCCCGUCAGAGCCAGGGGCCCCCAGCGCCCCCGCGGGCGCCAACCAUUGCAGGGCCCCUCCGGCGAACAGUGGCGCUGCGGCGUCGAGCGGCGGCGGCAAGCCGAGGGUCACCUGCGCGCUGCUUAUCAAUGGCAGCAGGGGCGCUGGCGGGGCCGCGGCGGAGCCGGACCGGCGGGGCCUGUGCCCUGGUCAUGGCCGGCCCAGGGGCAGCUCGCCGCUGACGCGGGCGCCUGGCGGUGGCCUGCCUCCCAGCGGGCCAGCGGGUAUGCGCCCAACCGCGCUGGGCAAGCCCGCCAGCAUCAAGAGGAUAGACAUGGGUGCCCUCCUGGGCCCAUCCUGGAGCCCCACCUCGGUGGCGUGCAUGCCCAUGCCCGCCGAGAUGCCGAGGCCGGCGGCCCAUGCCGCCGAGGAACCGCCUUUGCCUGGGCAGCGGCGGGAGCAGGUGCACUUUGGGGCGCCGCCGCGCACGAACAGCCUGCAGGGCCUUCUGCAGGUCAGCGGCUCCGCCGCCCCCGUGGCGCCGCUGCCCGCUGCUACCAGUGGCGCCGCGCCGCUGCAGGAACUGCAGGAUCUCCUCAGCCGGGGCUGGGAGUCCUCCGACGGCGAGGAGGACGAUGCCGCCGCCGCGCUGAGCGAGGGCGAAGAAGCGUUUCACUACAGCAGGUACCGGUACCGCGACGUAGCCGCGGCCCAGGCCGCGGAGUGCCCUCGGCCCGCCGAGCGGCACAGGCGGGGCCAGCCAAACCCAUUGCGCGGGGCCCAGGGCGACGCCAGAGGCUCGGGCGGGGAUCCGUCGGACGACGAGUCUUGCAGCUCCCCGUGGCGCCGUUGUCGCUCGCCCUGCCCAGCCGCCCGAGCGUUGGUCGGCUGGUCGCCUGCGAGAGCCGUGUGCUCGACACCCGUGUGCGAGGAGGAGGGGCAGCAGCAGGAGGAGGACCAGCUGCGGCGGCUGGCGGACGCCCUCGUGAAGUUCUACGGCCUCCCAGGGGCCGGGGCCGUCAGGCUAAAGCCCAACACGGCCAACCUGGUGUUCGUCGACGAGCGCGCCUGGGCCGAGCGACAAAGGCGCGGGCAGUUGGACGAGCCGCCCAUGAUGUGGAUCCGCGGCGGUCGCGUGUACGACUUCCACGGCGACCGCGGCACCCUCGAGGAGGUCGAGCACGACCUGCUCGUCCGGCAGGUGGAGGACGACCCGGGGAUCCGCGACCGGAGGCGGGCGCAGGGCCUGAUGCCGUUCCCCUUCGUCGCCGUCCCCCUGAAGGGCCACUGGGACCUUGAGGCGGAGGACGAGAGACCGCCGCCCCUCGGGGGGGCCCCGCGCCCAGAGAAUAAGGCCGAGGCCGCCAGGCGUCGCCACUGGCUCUCCGCGUAGCGGGCCCUGAAGGUGACAGGCCUGUCGGCGAGCCUGGCCCUGCGCAGACGGCCAGUCGGCGAGCCCUCUGGGAGGGAGGGUGGAGAAGGAGGAUCAACCACCGCGCCUUCAUUGCGGGACGUUGAGUCCCAUGCAGCUGCUGAGCAUCAUGCAGCGAGCAAGCAACAGCAAAUCAUUGCCUGGCGUUGCAUCAGGAACUCGCGCGUGGAAAAGGUCGAGGCCCAAGGCCUGACCUUGACUACGUUCUCCCGCCGCAGCGUUGGGAUAUUAGUUACUUCCCCGAACUGAUUUGACUGAGCGGCUUGGAUCUUCCAACGAGCUUGCGCGGCGAGUUGCCUAC